AUGACGAGGGCCAGCUUCCACACGGGGUACUUACUCAUACAUGUAUUGGUUUCCCUGUGGGCGGCCAUGCUGGGAAAAACGACAACUAUUUCAUCCCACAAGUGCGACGUUCACGUGGACCACGGACUAAGAAACGAUACAUUGGCAAACUGCUUGGGACGAAAUCUGCGUGCGGUUCCAGCAGAUCUCCCGGUUACAACAACUGUUGCUGAUUUCUCGAACAAUGACUUUAGGCUCAUACAUAUGAAACAGUUCCUGUUCCUGUCCAAACUGAGAGUAUUGCAUCUCAGAUCGUGCAAUAUAUCUUAUCUGAAUAAAGACGCGUUUUACGGUCUUGGCCUUCUAGAAGUAUUGGAUUUGAGCAGCAACCAUCUACGUCAUCCAUCUGAUCAAAUUUUUAAAUCGCUGAAGUCUGUAAUGACUAUUAAUCUGUCCUAUAAUAGAGACAUCUUUGGGGUGUCACUGUCAACAUCCCUCUUUGAAGCUUUCAAGGACCUGCCCCAGCUUACUGAACUAAGGCUGGACUCCUGCGGCAUACAAUCGUUCCCGUUACCGGCCCUACAUCCUUUCAGAGACACAAUGAAGAACAUUGAUCUCAGUCAGAAUAACUUGGACACGGAUUGGUUGGAAGGGACACUCAAUAUCUGCCCUAACCUAACGGAACUUUAUUUUGUAAACAAGUUAGAUUCCUCCUUUGUGAAAAAUAACAAAGCGACUUAUUCCGUUGACAAUCACUCAAGUAUAAGGACUUUGGUUUUUAGGCCUAACAAACCACAGGAAAUUGAACAUUUGGUCUUCAAAAAUCUGUCUUCCCUGGAACGGCUCAUCCUCAGUGGACUUUCAAAUAGUGCUUUUAUGAUUGACACCUUCAAUUUGAGAAAGCUAAAGCUUCAGGAUUUACAACAAUUACAGAUCUUGGACCUAUCUAGAAACGGGGCAUACCUACACUGUGACAUCCGGAGAGCAGAUUACUUCAAAGGAAUGCCAAAUCUUCAAGAAUUACGCAUGAGUUAUAACAGACUGUAUUCCACCAAUGUCUCUGUACGCAUUGCUAUGUUUCAAUCUCUUGGCAAUUUAAUAUCCUUAGAUUUAAGUAAUAACUUAUUAUUUGAACUACCAGUGGGAAUGUUUGACUCUAUGGUGCGUCUCAGACUUCUGAUUCUUUCACACAACAAACUGCGGACAAUUCCCAAGGGACUAUUCAGAAACUUGAAACAACUCCACACUCUAAGAUUAAACUCCAAUUCCAUAACCAUUAUCCAAGAUGGCGCCUUUGGUGGCUUGGUGUCUUUAAAUGUACUUGAAAUGAGGGACAAUAAGUUAAUCUGUGACUGCAAUAUACGGUUGUUUCAGCAAUGGUUGGAACGACUUGACAAUAAGGACUCAGUCGAGUUUUGCUUUGGCUCUUACUCAACAAACAAAAUUCCUAUUACUGAGUUCAAACCUGACUGGUGGCAAUGUGAUAAUAAUACCACGAAGGUGGCGGUUAGUGUCCUUGGACUGGCAUUAUUCAUAGGUCUUAUAGCUGGUAUUGUUUACUAUGCACGAUGGGACAUAAGAUUUGCUUUCGUCGUCAGGUUCGGGUGGCAAUGCUGUGCUAAGAAACCAAAAGAUGCUGACGUCAACCUUGUAAAAAUAUUCGAUGCUUUUGUGUCUUAUAGUUUAUUGGAUACGGCCUGGGUUGCUGCCGAGCUGAUCCCAAAUCUGGAAAAUGACGAACAAUUCAACUUUCGUCUUUGUAUCCACGAGCGCAAUUUCCUUCCCGGCAACUCUAUUGUAGAAAGUGUUGAAGGAGCCAUGGACAGCAGUUACAGUGUCCUUUUCUGGAUUACUGAAAACUUUCUGGGAAGCGAAGUUUGUGAUUUUGAACUGAAUUUGGCCAAAACCAAGCUUUUUGAAGGUAGUAUUCGCUCGGUUAUUUUCAUAUUCGAAAAAGGUUUUGAUAAAACCCAACUACCGCAGCCCAUGGGGAUAAUGAUGCGACAUUGCCGUUGUCUUUACUGGCCAGACAUGCGACUCCGCAAAAGAGAUAUUUUUUGGAAAAGACUGAAGCUUGUCUUAUUGGAAAACAGAGACGAGCACUAG